AUGGAGCAAGUGAAUUCUUUUCAACAGAGGCAACCCGAUGACCCAUAUUGCAACUCAUACAAUCUAGGUUGGAGGAAUCAUCCAAAUUUCUCAUAUCGGAGCAACAAUGUUCAAAACCCUCAACCCCAGCAACAAUGGUCACAACCACAAUUCCAUCCACCUCAGCCACAUGUUGCCAGGCCUCCAUUUCCACAAGGAGCCCAACAUAAUGCUCCCCCGGGGUUUAAUAGACCCCCGCACCAAGGCUAUCAACAACCUCCUCCUCAGAUCAAUGCUACUCUAGAGCCUAACAUGGGUGAUCUGUAUAAGCUCAUAGCGAAUAUGCACAAGACCUCUGAGAUCGCUCAAAAGAAUCACGAUGAGAGCAUAAAGGAGUUGAAGAAUCAAAAUAGAAUGUUGGAAAACCAAGUUUCUCAACUCGCUGAUACUUUGUCAAAAAGGCAACCGGGCAAACUUCCAGGGCAAUCUACUUCAUCUCAAGAUUACACUAGAGAGAGUGCUUGUGCUAUUGUUCUUCGGAGUGGUACUACAUAUGAUGCCCCCUCGGUACCUACUGAUUUUGCGGAUCUCGAAAAGGGGAGAGAGGAGGCUAGAAGAAAGAAGGAAGAAGUCAAGGAGAAGGUUAUUGAUGAUUCUCACCCUUUUGUUCCUCGAUUGCCAUUUCCUCAUCGACAAAAUAAGUCAAAGGGUGAUCAUCAGUCUAGUGAAGAGGCGUAUGUUGAAAGAAAGAUUGUGGAUGUAGAGGUCGAAACCCCGGGUGUUGAGGAUGAAAUAGAGGAGAAGGAGAGCGGCAAGGAGAAGGUUACUGAUUCUCCCCCUUUUUCACCUACACUACCAUUUCCUCACCGAAUGCAGAAAACAAAGGUUGAUCAGCGAUUCGGUACUUUAUUCAUUGAUAAGGCUCUAUGUGAUUUAGGUGCUAGUGUGUCUGUCAUUCCCCUCUCUAUUUAUAAAAAGUUGAACAUGGGAGAAUUAAAAUGUACCACCAUUACUCUUCAAAUGGCCGACCAUUCUAUUAAAUACCCCUUAGGUGUUUUAGAAGACGUCCCCGUGAGAGUAGGUAAAUUCUAUAUUCCUGUAGACUUUGUUGUGCUUGACAUAGUAGAGGACACCCAGAUUCCAAUAAUAUUAGGAAGACCAUUCCUUCAUACCGCGGGGGUAGUUAUUGAUGUUAAGAAAGGGAAGCUAACCUUGACUGUAGGGGAUGACAAGGUGGCCUUUAACCUGUCUCAUGUGAUGAAAAGUCCAAUGCAAGAAGUGUCUUGUUCUUUGAAUACCUCUAUUGCUAAGUUGCCUCAUUCCAGUUCUAGAAAUCUUUCAAAUAUUGCAUUUGGCUUGAAAGGGUUUGCAGGCGAUGAUGAUCCUGGAGAUGUAGUUGAUGCUAGUCCAAAAUUUGGAACAAGAGGUUCGGUACUCGAUGGCACCGGGUUUGGUGCCCCUGAUCGGUGA